AUGAGAGAUAUUUUAAAUAUCAUCCCGUAUAACAACCGCUAUGCAAAGUCAUACUUGGAACUUACAAAACAAAUCUCUGAUGAUUAUCAUAUAACCGAGGUCAGCAACAUUCCGAUCGUUUCUAACUACCUGUUUUAUAAAGAAUAUGGAAUUAAAUUAAAUACUUCUGAUGAUUUCGAAAGAAAUGAAUUCAAACAUCUUGAUAUUUUUUCAGAAGCUACAAUUUUCAGGUCAAUUAUGAAUGAUGAUAAAGAAAGAUUCAUUACAUCCAUUGAAAGAGAAGGAUUUUAUAAAAAUAAAAUACUUUACAGCUGCUUGUAUCCAUAUUCUGAUGAAGGAUACUCAUUACUUGAAUUAUGUUUCAAAUUAUUAAGAACCAAAUUUAAAUCAGAAAUAACUAAAACAUGUCUAGAAUUAUCAUUUUUAGGAGGGAAUCAAGAGAUCAUGAGUGAAUGUUUGAAAUAUGAAAAACCAAACGACACAUGCAUGAAAUAUGCAAUUGCUUCGCACAACAUUGAUUUUAUUUCAUACUUAAUAAAUGAACAUCAAAUAGAGAUCAAAUUAAGUUAUUGUGAAGAGCAUAAUAAUCUUGAUGCAUUUUUAGUAUAUUUUGAUCAGCAUGAUGCUCUUUACGGUGGCUUAUAUUAUUCUACAGUAUUUGAUAUUCCCUCUCUUUGCGAAUAUUUUUUUUCACUUGGAGCUGUUUAUUAUAGUAGAACUCUUCUUAAGGCAAUAUCAAAUAAUAGUAUAGAAGUAGUUAAAUUUCUUCUUUCACAUGGGGCAAAUAUCAAUGAUAAAUAUAAUGAAGAAACAGCUUUUCAUAAAGCAAUAUUUUGCAAUAAUAAAGAUAUGGUAGAAUUACUGCUUUUAUAUGGUAAAAACAUCAAUGAAAAAGUUGAAGAUGGGAAAACACACCUUUUUGAAGCAGUUGAGAAAAAUCGAAGAGAAAUUGUUGAACUUCUUAUUUCACAUGGCGCAAAUAUCAAUGAAAAAGAUGAUUAUGGAAGAACACCUUUUCAUUUUUCUGUAAAAUAUUUUGAGAAAGAUACAGUCGAACUUCUUAUUUCACAUGGCGCAAGUAUAAAUGAAAAGGAUGCAACAGGUAAAACAGCUCUUCAUUAUGCAGUGAUUAAUAAUAAUAAAGCAACAGUCGAACUUCUUAUUUCACAUGGCGCAAGUAUAAAUGAAAAGGAUGCAACAGGUAAAACAGCUCUUCAUUAUGCAGUGAUUAAUAAUAAUAAAGCAACAGUCGAAUUUCUUAUUUCACAUGGUGCAAAUUUAAAUGAAAAAGAUGAGUAUGAAAAUACCGCUCUUAAUUAUGCAAUAGAUAACAAUUAUGAAAAAAUAGCUAAUCUUCUUCUUUCGCAUGGUGCAUAUAUUGUCGAAAAAGAUAAAAAUGUGAAAAUUUCUCUUAAUGAAGAAAAAGAUAAAGAUGAGAAUAUCCCUCUUAAUGAAGAAAAAAUUGAACAUAUUUCAUGUGGUUCAAAAUGUUUAAUAUAG